GCUGGGCAGGACAAAGCAGUGUGUUGGAGAAAGUCGUUGUGAAUGUCGUGUGGAGCCAUUGUGAAGUCAGCCAGUGGUGUGAAAACUCCUGAGAAUACCAAACAACCUUUACCUUCUGUUCCAGACAAACCCACUCAACCCAAAGAGCUUUCCAAGGAAGAACGAGCAGCAAUCACCAUUCAGUGUGCCUACAGGAAGCACCUAGCGCGGAAGGAACGAAGCCGUCGAAUAAAAGAGAAGGAAGAAUACACAGCCUUGAUGGACCAGCUACAAAAGGAAGCCUUCCUAGCUAUGGUGAAGCGUGAGCAGGAAGAGGCUCGAAGGGAGCGUGAGAAGGAGGAAGAGCAACGGCGAAGGCGUCUGGAGGAGCAGAAGCGUAGGAAGCGGAUGUUGGAAGCAGCAUUUGAGGGAGAUGUGGAGGAAAUGAAGGCUGUGCUGAAGGAGGUCAGCAUGGGGCAUUCCAAGCAUGAGUGA